ACAAAAUCAUGGCCUAAUGUGUUCAUUCUCAGUCUCCAUCUUUCCAUUUUUUUUCUUCCGAUUUCUUAAUCCAAUGACAUAAUUUUCUGAGCAAACAUGUUAAUGUACAUUGCUUAUAUACUACAUGAUAUGAUGGAGCAGAAGAAAGGAUAAGAGAUAUAACAUACAAUAUGACAGCUGGCAAUAGUCAAUGAUCAGUAAUACACGAGCUCAACUGCACCAGUCCACUUUUUUGCUUUGAGUCUUCCAGUGGCCAUUUAAUUGCAACACGUGGCAGGUGUUGGAGUUUUUUUUAACAAUUUUCUGAUUUCUGCUUUUUGUGAAAUUUCAUUUAUUGUUCUUCUCUUUAGCCUUCAAUUCGUUCACCAAUUUCCUGAGAGGAAAGAGGGGCCUUUGCCUUUGGGAGAGGAAGAAGGGGGGCAUGUUCUUUUCUGUCAUCUCUCUCUCUGAUCAGACAGAAACAGUCAGACACACGCAUAAUACACAUAGAUGAAGUAGGGAAAUUCUCACACACACUCUCUCUCUCUCUCAUUAUUGCUCCAAACCCAUUCAGAGUACAGAUGGAUCUUCGAUCAUAGCGGUUUUAGCAGCUGGAAUCUGCACUUGCACCAUGUGUGUUUCUACUGCCACCACUGUAGUAAAUAUAUUAUUAUUUUCGACAUAGACAUUCAAUUCCUGUGAAACAGGAAAAAAUUGGAGGAAGUGUUCAAACUUUCUCAGCCACCAUCAUUCCAUUCAAAUGGGUGUUGCAAUUGCAAUGAUUCUAAAGAGAAGAGUGCUGGAUCCCACCUCCGCCAAGCUCUGAGAAUGCUAAAUUCCACGAGUGUCAGGAACCCAAGAAACAGUGUAGCAAUAUAUAAAUCAUAGAGAGAAGAAAAGAAUGGUUAUUUGUGGUCUGCGGGUACUGGGAUGAUUUCACGUGAGAGUUCUGCCACUGUGUCCGUGAGUGUUGCGAGUGUGGAGGAGUUUCGAGAAACCAAGGGCAGCCCCAGCAAAGGCAACCACUUUAACAACGGUAGGUGUCUCCAAUUUGAUGGAUCCCUUGAGUUUCCAAACAGAGCUCUCUCUUCCAUUAUUGUUUCCACUGCUAUGGUUAUUGCUUCAUACUUCAAACUUCAAUCUCAUUUCAAGCUUUUGGGUUAGAUGAGUGGUUGAGGACUCUACUCUACUCUACUCCACUCUACCACAAGAAUGUCAUGACACACGAGUGGAUCAUAGAAAGAGAGGGUUUUGUCAAUGUCAAUGGUAGAUCUGAAGACUUAAAAGUGAGUGAGUGAAACAGCUAAGAAAACCAAAGAUCUGUCUCAACUUCAACCGUUUUUCAGCUGUAAUUUAUGUACGUCAGUUAACUGUUAACCCUCAAAUGCAUUAAAGUGUUCAAUUGCUCUCAUAAUGGGAAACCAAAACAGUUGAAAUUGGAAAUCCUCGUUUGUAACUUCAACUGUGGUUGGUUGGUCCCUAACAUGGAGAGAUCCUAUGUUUUUGUUUUUCUCUGUGUCUCCGUGCUUUGUCUCUUCCUGUCCGAACCCACCAGAGCAGAAGACGAUUCCCAGCCACUACUCGCUCUCAAAUCCUCCAUUGACGUUCUCCACAAGCUCCCAUGGCGGCAAGGAGCCGACGUGUGCACCUGGAAAGGGGUCAAAGACUGCUUCAACGGAAGAGUCAGAAAGCUCGUUCUGGAACACUCCAACCUAACCGGUUCUCUCGAUGACAAGAUCUUGAACCGUUUGGACCAGCUCCGAGUCCUCAGCUUCAAAGGAAACUCACUCUCCGGCCAAGUCCCUGACCUCUCCGCCCUGAUCAACCUCAAAUCGAUUUUCCUCAACGACAACAACUUCUCCGGCGAGUUCCCCUCCUCGGUCGCGCUGCUCCACCGCGUCAAAGUCAUUGUCCUGUCGCAAAAUCACAUCUCCGGCGACAUUCCAGCGUCGCUUCUGAAUCUCCGGCGACUCUACAUCCUCUACCUGGAAGACAACGCGUUCACGGGAAGCAUCCCGCCUUUCAACCAAACCAGCCUCAGGUAUUUGAAUGUCUCCAACAACCGACUCUCCGGCGAGAUUCCGGUGACCGCCGCACUGAUCCGGUUCAAUGCCUCGUCGUUUUCGGGCAACCCGGGGCUCUGCGGGGAGAACAUCCUCCAACCGUGCAAAAACGGCAGCGUUCCGUCGGCGCCGCCGAUAAGCCCCAGCUAUCCGCUGAUCCCGGGAGGCACCGCGGCGGCGUCGAAGCGGACGUCAUCGAACCGCACCAAACUGAUAAAGAUAAUUGGAGGGUGCGUUGGUGGCGUUGUUUUCAUACUGUUGUGCAUGGUUGUGGUGUGGGCGAUUUGCAGGAAGCGGAAGACGAGGGUGGGUUCCGGAACGAGGAGCAAGGGCGGUGGUGACGUGGCAGAAGGGGAGGCUGGUGCGGCGGGGAGUGCGGGAGGCGGCGGCGGCGAGGGCGGGGACAGUGCUAAACAAGGGGGUUUUGCGUGGGAAGGUGAGGGUCUAGGGAAGUUGGUGUUCUGCGGAGGAGGCGAUCGCGAGAUGAGUUAUAGUUUGGAAGAUUUGCUGAAAGCGUCGGCGGAGACUUUGGGGAGGGGUAUUAUCGGAAGUACGUAUAAAGCAGUUAUGGAAUCAGGGUUCAUUGUUACUGUUAAGAGGUUGAAGGAUGCAAGAUACCCUGGUUUGGAAGAAUUCAGAGCUCACAUUCAUGUUCUUGGAAGGCUCACUCACCCUAAUCUGGUCCCACUCAGGGCCUAUUUUCAGGCUAAAGAAGAACGUCUUCUCGUUUAUGAUUACUUCCCCAAUGGCAGCCUCUUCUCCCUUAUUCACGGAUCAAAAACAUCCGGCGGGGGAAAACCUCUUCACUGGACAUCCUGCCUUAAGAUUGCCGAAGAUCUAGCAACAGGCCUGCUCUAUAUCCACCAGAACCCCGGCAUGACACAUGGAAACCUAAAAUCUUCUAAUGUGUUGCUUGGUUCUGAUUUUGAGUCAUGUCUUACUGAUUAUGGUCUAACUGUUUUUCUAAAUCCUGACUCAAUGGACGAGCCCAGUGCCACAUCUUUAUUCUACAGAGCACCUGAAUGCCGCAACUUUCAAAGGUCACAAACUCAACCAGCUGAUGUAUACAGCUUUGGGGUCCUUGUUCUAGAGCUCUUAACUGGCAAAACACCCUUCCAAGACCUUGUUCAGACGUAUGGUUCAGACAUACCUAGGUGGGUCCGGUCAGUGCGCGAAGAAGAGACAGAGUCCGGUGAUGAUCCUGCCUCAGGCAAUGAAGCAUCAGAAGAGAAGCUUCAGGCUCUUCUGAACAUUGCCAUGGCAUGUGUUUCACUGGUGCCAGAGAACAGGCCUACAAUGAGAGAGGUUUUAAAGAUGAUAAGAGAUGCAAGAGGGGAGGCGCAUGUCUCAUCUAACAGUAGUGAUCAUUCUCCUGGAAGAUGGUCAGAUACUGUUCAAAGCUUUCCAAGGGAAGAACACCAGAGCAUAUGAUUGGUAACUUUUUUGAUAGCUUCAUAGUUUGAAACUAUGCAUUCUGAUUUUUCCUGAAUUGGUCAUUGAUUCCAUGCAUAAACUAGGUGAUACGAAAAUCAUGCGGUAAAGACCUACAUUUUAAUCUCUUGCUUUGUGAGUAAAUGCAUUUUAAAGGUAAUCAAUGGAUUCAUUUGUAGAGUCAUCAAA